AUGGAUCGUUCUCUUCUUAUUCUCUUUGGCUCAGAAACGGGCUGUGCACAAGAUGUAGCAGAAAACUUGGCAAGACAAGCAAGACGUCGUCAUUUCAAGACAAGAGUGAUUGCCAUGGAUAACUAUGACAAGAGUCAGUUUGUAGAGGAAAAAUUGGUCUUUUUUGUAUGUUCCACUACUGGCCAGGGUGUAGAGCCUGCCAAUAUGAAGAAAUUUUGGAGAUUCUUGCUUCGAAAAAAUCUACCAAAUGACAUUUUGUGUGAUUUAGAUUGUGCAGUGCUUGGAUUAGGCGAUUCUUCGUAUAGAAAGUUCAACUAUCCAUCAAAGAAGCUGUACAAGAGAUUGUUGCAAUUGGGUGCAAAUAUGAUUGUUGACAGAGGAGACUGCGAUGAUCAGCAUUACUUGGGCUUGGACGGUGCAUUUGUACCAUGGGCAAAGAACCUAUGGGAUGUUGUGUUGGAGAAAUACCCUACAUCAGAGCCAUUGAUCCCGGACGAUGUCUUGUUGCCGCCUAGCUUCAGGAUGGAAUUCAUCACCGAUGGUCAAGCACAGCCUCAAACAACACUUGCUGGCGAAUUCAAUCUCGUCGUGCAGAAAAACGAACGCAUCACAGCAGACGAUCACUUUCAAGAUGUACGCCAUAUAGAGCUAACGUGUACAGAAGAAGAUUUCAAAUAUGAACCCGGAGACAUUGCAGUGAUUACACCAAAGAACUUGGUGGAGGAUGUCGAUAUGUUCUUUGAGCAAUUGGGUUGGACGGAGCACGCUGACAAAUUGAUUCGAUUUACACCUUUUGAUGAGUUCCAUACACUGCCAGCACAUUGGCCAUCGAUCAUGACAUUUAGAGAUCUAUUUGUAUGCUACUUGGAUGUGUUUGGUGUCCCUCGUAGAUCAUUCUUUGAGAUGCUGGCGAACUUUACUACGGAUGAAAAUCAUACUGAAAGAUUGCGCGAAUUUGCAUCGCCCGAGGGACAGGAAGAUAUGUGGGCUUACUGUGCGAGACCACGUCGACAUAUCGGUGAAGUCUUGUUUGAUUUCAAGCCGUUUGAUAUUCCAUUUGAUUACAUGCUCGAUUUAUUCCCUCAAUUGCAGCCUCGGUCCUUCUCGAUUGCAUCCAGCUUGAAUGUACAUCCCAAAUCCCUGGAAUUAUGCGUUGCAGUCGUCAAAUACAAGACCAAAAUGAGGAAGAUCCGCCGUGGUGUGUUUACUAAAUGGAUGUCCACCUGGAAAGAAGGAGACGUGAUACCGCGUGUCCGCAUUGCAAAGGGUACAAUGACACUGCCGCCCUCAGAGGAUAUACCGUUGAUCGCCAUCGGGCCAGGAACAGGCGUUGCGCCUAUGAGAUCAUUUUUAGAAGAAAGGGUUGUUGAACAAGGAGCUACCCAAAACGUCCUGUUGUUUGGUUGCCGCUACCAUGAUAAGGAUUUUUAUUUUAAAGAUCAAUGGCAGGAAUACGAAAAAAAUGGCCAGCUUGUCUUGCUCACAGCAUUCUCAAGAGAUCAAGAUAGCAAAGUCUAUGUGCAAGAUAAAAUUCGACAGCAUUCUGAAUUCUUGUGGGAUCUCAUCGAGAACCAGCAAGCCAAGGUGGUGCUUUCGGGCUCCUUGGACAAGAUGCCUGGUGAGGUAGCUUAUGCAUUCAAGCAGAUAUUUAUGAAAGAAGGAGGAUUAGAUGCAGAAGAAGCGGAAAGCUAUUUUUCAGACAUGGUCAAAUCAGGGCAAUACCAAGAAGAAUGCUGGAAUUAA